AUGGGGAAGCACAAAGAUUGGUCUGGUGGCACCGUAAAUGUUCUAUACCCACCAAAAGUUGGCACAAGAGAGUGGCAUUCGUUUCUUUAUCUCAGCGCUCGUGAAUCACUUGCUCGUUCAUCAGGGGGUGUCGUCUAUUGUGGCAUGAAUGAUAAAGGAGGAGAGAUUCAAUGGAUUGUGGCAUUGGACAAUAAAGCCGAUGUAUACACUGAAGUCCGUGCACCAGCUAAGGUUGACUGGGAUGUGAUAAAACAAAAGCUGCCUCUUAAUCAAAACUCUAGCAGCUAUGAUGGAUGCUUCACCCAUGUUUCAAUUACUAAUGGCGAUUUCCCUGAAAUUCGAGCAGUACUCACACCAAAGUUCAAAAGCAACAACUAG